AUGACGUCCACGCCCCCGGCCCAGUCCGUCCGCUUCAGCGACGUCCACGAGGAAAUUGAGCCCUCCGACGCUGUCCAGGACGUUGCCCACCUCACGGCCUCGGCCAACCCCCCCAACCAUGAUGCCCCGCUGAGCCCCCAUGCUGAGGAAGAGCUCCGCAACCUGUCGUCGACGCUCCAAAAGUCUCGCAUGCAGGCAAAGCGCAUGGAAAACUUCUCCUUCGAGCCCGUCUCGCUGCCGCCCUCCCGAGCUCCUUCACCCAGCCCAGCCUCGCGGACCGUCUCAGCCCAUUCGGCGCACCGCUCGUCCAUUGCCUCUUCGCCGGCCAUGCAUUCUCCACCACUGACCCCCGCAGGAACCUCGUCUAGGGACGACAAGGCGGCCAUACAAGGCGGCCACAAGCAGCGUCCGAGUGAUCCCGCCCUGAUGACCCCGCAGGUGUCUCCCCCGCAUGAAGCUCCGCCUACUUCCCUCGACUCAUCAGUGCAGAGCCAGACAGAGGGCGGCAUUUCUUUCCCCGUUCCUGCUUCGCCAAGGACAGCACCACAACCCCCUGCGCCAUCAUCCGAGUUGCCCAGUGUAGUUCAACCCCGCCCAAGACACAGUGCUGCAUUUGCCGUGGGCCCUCCUGGUGACUCCAACCCAAGCUCUCGUGACCCUAGUCCGGCCAGAUCCGGGGGCGAUCGCACGCCCGGCACAGCAUCCCCGGUACCGGGCAGUCGGCCAUAUACACCGCAAAGUGAGAGAGAAGACACGUACACUCGCUCCAAACGCGCAGCACAAGCAAGAAACCUGGAUUCACUCGAGGCCCGCUACAUCUACGGCGGUCGCGAAGGCCGAAAUUCAAUGUCAUCAACAUAUCAACUACCCCGCUCCAAAGGCACAGACUCGGACAAGGAGGACAACAAGCGGUCGAGCAUCUUUGGCAAAAUAUCCAUCAAAGGCCACCACUCGGACGCAGAAGACGCCAAGUCGCAGACGGGCAAACACGGCCAUGGAUCCAUGUCGGAACUCAAGCGCUUCUUCAAGAUCGGACACAAAAAGGACAAGGACAAGGAGAAGCGCAAAGAGUCUCCUGCGCCCUCUCUGAGGAACCAAAAGAUCAAAUCGGGUAAGUCUGGAUCCAUGACAUCGCCCAUUACGAAUGGAUCGAUGAAUGUGCCUUUUGCCGAUGACCACGGCCUUCAGAGCAAGUACGGCAAGUUUGGAAAAGUGCUGGGAUCGGGUGCCGGUGGCUCGGUUCGCCUUAUGAAGCGAAGUAGCGAUGGCACAACAUUUGCCGUCAAGCAGUUCCGUCCCCGGCAUUCGUACGAGUCGGAAAAAGACUACAACAAGAAGGUCACGGCCGAGUUCUGCAUAGGAUCCACGCUCCACCAUGGGAAUAUUAUCGAGACCAUGGACUUGGUCAACGAGAAAGGCAACUACUACGUUGUCAUGGAAUACGCACCGUUUGAUCUUUUUGCCAUUGUCAUGACUGGUAAAAUGAGUCGCGAGGAGGUGACCUGUGCCACCUUGCAGAUUCUCAACGGAGUCACCUAUCUCCAUAGUAUGGGGCUGGCUCACCGAGACCUGAAGCUCGACAAUGUUGUUGUCAACGAACACGGCAUCAUGAAGAUUAUCGAUUUCGGCAGUGCUGCUGUCUUCAAGUACCCGUUUGAAGACGAAAUCGUUCUUGCCAGUGGUAUCGUCGGCUCAGAUCCGUACCUUGCGCCUGAAGUGUAUGAUCUCUCCAAAUACGACCCCCAACCUGCCGACAUUUGGUCUCUUGCCAUUAUGUUUUGUUGCAUGACGCUACGCCGGUUCCCAUGGAAAGCGCCGCGCAUCUCAGACAACUCGUACAAACUCUUCGUCUCUCCUCCCAACGAUGGGCCAAAGUCAAUCACCGGACCGUCCAAGUCGGCUACUAAUCUGAGCACCACUACCGAAGAUGAUCGUCGCCAAUCCGUGCUCAACUCGGAGCCCACGUCUCGUCAUCAAUCGUCGGAUCACCUUUCCGCUGAAAACCGCGGGUCGACGGGCCAACCGCCGCAGGUAAUCAAGGGCCCAUGGCGACUGCUGCGGCUGCUACCUCGGGAGAGCAGACACAUUAUAGGCAGGAUGUUGGAAGUUGACCCCAAGAAGCGGGCCACACUGGACGAAAUCCUCGAAGACAAAUGGGUCACCAACAGUGAAGUUUGCUCACAAGAAGAAGGCGGCAGAAUAUUACGGUCGACGAACCAUGAGCACACGCUCGAGCCCGGGGCUGGCGGGUCGUCUGCCCCCAACACACAGCAAAAGAAGUGA